AUGGCGGCGAACAAAUUAAAGAUGUUGUCCGAAGAAAGUUUGACGCGCCAACCCGAAGAAGUUUUCGACAUAAUAUGCAAGUUGGGCGAAGGGUCGUACGGGAGCGUGUUCAAGGCUCUCCACAAGGAAUCCGGCAACAUAGUUGCGAUAAAACAAGUACCGUUAGAUACCGAUCUUCACGAAAUUAUAAAAGAAAUAUCGAUAAUGCAACAGUGCGAUAGUCCGUACGUGGUUAAAUAUUACGGAAGUUAUUUCAAAAAUACCGAUUUGUGGAUAAUCAUGGAAUAUUGCGGAGCCGGAUCCGUUUCCGAUAUAAUAAGAUUGAGAAAGAAAACUUUGACGGAAUGCGAAAUCGCCACCAUACUUUCCGAUGCCCUCAAAGGUUUGGAAUACCUCCACGCUAAUAGAAAAAUUCAUAGAGAUAUAAAAGCCGGUAAUAUUCUAUUAAAUACCGACGGACACGCCAAACUGGCCGAUUUCGGCGUAGCCGGUCAAUUAACCGAAACCAUAUCGAAACGAAACACGGUUAUAGGUUCGCCGUUUUGGAUGGCCCCCGAAAUAAUAUUGGAAAUUGGAUACGAUUGCGUCGCCGAUAUUUGGAGUAUCGGUAUAACCGCUUUGGAAAUGGCCGAAGGGAAACCGCCUUACGCCGAUAUUCAUCCGAUGAGGGCCGUUUUCAUGAUACCCACCAAACCGCCGCCGUCUUUUCGAGAUCCCGAUAGAUGGACGGCCGAAUUUAUAGAUUUCGUCAGCGUGUGUUUGGUGAAAAACCCUUGCGAUCGAGCUUCGGCUACGGAACUUAUAAAUCACGUGUUUUUACAAAAAUCGAAAGGACCCGCCGUUUUAAAUCAGAUGAUUUCGGAAGCGUGCGAAAUAAGAAAAAAUCAAAAAUACACCAGAAUGCCUUUGGUCGGAUCGAUACUCGAACAAAACGAAUCCGAAGCUACUCUAGUACCUAACAAAGUGCCCAGCCAAAGCGGUACUAUGAUUACCGUACAAUCCGAUUUAGGUACUAUGGUUGUUAUCAACAGCGACGACGACGAAGAUAUCGAAGGAACGAUGAAAUCGCCGGAAACGAGAAAAUAUAAACCGCCUUUUUUGGAACAUUUCGAUAAACCGAACGCCGACGGGGAUUUUUCUUCGGCGCGACGAGGCGUCGCGUCCUCGUCUUCCGCUGGUCCGUCCGUAGCGCAGAUGGUUUCCUCACGCGGUUACACCGAAGAACCGUUGGACGUCAAAUUGGAACGAAUCAGACCGGCGGAUUGCAAUUUCAAUUUCCUUAAAGAUCUCGGCUACGAGGAAUUGAAGGAGAGAUUCGAAUUGUUGGAUACCGCCAUGGAGAAGGAAAUCGAGGAAUUGCAAAGACAUUAUUCCCUUAAAGCCCAACCGUUAGAAAACGCUAUACACAUUAAGAGAGAGAGAAAUAGAAAUUUUUAA